UUGUUGUGGGGCUGAGGCGGCGCCGGCGGAGAGCCCAGCAGCCGUGACAGGCUGCGCAACAGGUUCGCUGCGGCCGGCCUGACGACUGACCCGGCGGCGGCGGCCGCGGCACGGCAGGGUCUUCCCGGAGCCUGGCCGCGCCCGCGCGCCGGUGCGGAGGAGCGCGCGGGGUCGCGCCGGGACGCGCGCGAGGCGCCAGAUGGCUGAGAGCUGCAAGAAGUCAGGACCAUGAUGGCUCAGUUUCCCACAGCGAUGAAUGGAGGGCCAAAUAUGUGGGCUAUUACAUCUGAAGAACGUACUAAGCAUGAUAAACAGUUUGAUAAUCUCAAGCCUUCAGGAGGUUACAUAACAGGUGAUCAAGCCCGUACUUUUUUCCUACAAUCAGGUCUGCCGGCCCCGGUUUUAGCUGAAAUAUGGGCCUUGUCAGAUCUGAACAAGGAUGGGAAGAUGGACCAGCAAGAGUUCUCUAUAGCUAUGAAACUCAUCAAGUUAAAGCUGCAGGGCCAACAGCUGCCUGUAGUCCUCCCUCCUAUCAUGAAACAACCCCCUAUGUUCUCUCCACUAAUCUCUGCUCGUUUUGGGAUGGGAAGCAUGCCCAAUCUGUCCAUUCAUCAGCCAUUGCCUCCAGUUGCGCCUAUAACAACACCCUUGUCUUCUGCUACUUCAGGGACCAGUAUUCCUCCCCUAAUGAUGCCUGCUCCCCUAGUGCCUUCUGUUAGUACAUCCUCAUUACCAAAUGGAACUGCCAGUCUCAUUCAGCCUUUAUCCAUUCCUUAUUCUUCUUCAACAUUGCCUCAUGCAUCAUCUUACAGUCUGAUGAUGGGAGGAUUUGGUGGUGCUAGUAUCCAGAAGGCCCAGUCUCUGAUUGACUUAGGAUCUAGUAGCUCAACUUCCUCAACUGCUUCCCUCUCAGGGAACUCGCCUAAGACAGGAACCUCAGAGUGGGCAGUUCCUCAGCCUUCAAGAUUAAAGUAUCGGCAAAAAUUUAAUAGUCUAGACAAAAGCAUGAGUGGAUACCUCUCAGGUUUUCAAGCUAGAAAUGCCCUUCUUCAAUCAAAUCUCUCUCAAACUCAACUAGCUACUAUUUGGACUCUGGCUGACAUCGAUGGUGAUGGACAGUUGAAAGCUGAAGAGUUUAUUCUGGCGAUGCACCUCACUGACAUGGCCAAAGCUGGACAGCCACUACCACUGACGUUGCCUCCCGAGCUUGUCCCUCCGUCUUUCAGAGGGGGAAAGCAAAUGGAUUCUGUGAAUGGAACUCUGCCUUCAUACCAGAAAACACAAGAAGAGGAGCCUCAGAAGAAACUACCAGUUACUUUUGAGGACAAACGGAAAGCCAACUAUGAACGAGGAAACAUGGAGCUGGAGAAGCGACGCCAAGUGUUGAUGGAGCAGCAGCAGAGGGAGGCUGAGCGCAAAGCCCAGAAAGAAAAGGAAGAGUGGGAGCGGAAACAGAGAGAACUACAAGAACAAGAAUGGAAGAAGCAGCUGGAGUUGGAGAAACGCUUGGAGAAACAGAGAGAACUGGAGAGACAGCGGGAGGAGGAGAGGAGAAAGGAGGUAGAAAGACGAGAGGCAGCAAAACAGGAGCUUGAAAGACAACGCCGUUUAGAAUGGGAAAGAAUCCGUCGACAGGAGCUUCUCAAUCAAAAGAAUAGAGAACAAGAAGAGAUUGUCCGGUUGAACUCUAGAAAGAAAAGUCUCCACCUUGAACUGGAAGCAGUGAAUGGAAAACAUCAGCAGAUCUCAGGUAGACUACAAGAUAUCCGAAUCAGAAAGCAAACACAGAAGACUGAGCUACAAGUUUUGGAUAAACAGUGUGACCUGGAAAUUAUGGAAAUCAAACAACUUCAGCAAGAGCUUCAGGAAUAUCAAAAUAAGCUUAUCUACCUGGUCCCUGAAAAGCAGCUAUUAAACGAAAGAAUUAAAAACAUGCAGCUCAGUAACACACCUGAUUCAGGGAUCAGUUUACUUCAUAAAAAAUCAUCAGAAAAGGAAGGGUUAUGCCAAAGACUUAAAGAACAGUUAGAUGCUCUUGAAAAAGAAACUGCAUCUAAGCUCUCAGAAAUGGAUUCAUUUAACAAUCAACUGAAGUGUGGGAGUAUGGAGGACUCUGUUCUUCAGUGCCUUUUGUCUCUGCUAAGCUGUCUCAACAACCUCUUCCUCUUACUUAAGGAACUCAGAGAAAGCUAUAAUACACAGCAGUUAGCCCUUGAACAACUUCAUAAAAUCAAACGUGACAAAUUGAAGGAAAUUGAAAGAAAAAGAUUAGAGCAAAUUCAAAAAAAGAAACUAGAAGAUGAGGCUGCAAGGAAAGCAAAGCAAGGAAAAGAAAACUUGUGGAGAGAAAGUAUUAGAAAGGAAGAAGAGGAAAAGCAAAAACGACUCCAUGAAGAAAAAUCACAAGACAAAACUCAAGGAGAGGAACGAAAAGCUGAGGCAAAAGAAAGUGAGACAGCUAGUGCUUCAGUGAGCUACAGAGCAUUGUACCCUUUUGAAGCAAGAAACCAUGACGAAAUGAGUUUUAAUUCUGGGGAUAUAAUUCAGGUUGAUGAAAAAACCGUAGGAGAGCCUGGUUGGCUUUACGGUGGUUUUCAGGGAAAGUUUGGCUGGUUCCCGUGCAACUAUGUAGAAAAACUGCUGUCAAGUGAAAAAGCUCUGUCCCCUAAGAAGGCCUUACUUCCUCCUACAGUGGCUCUCUCCGCUACCUCAACUACUUCCCAACCACUUUGUUCAAAUCAGCCAGCAUCAGUGACUGAUUAUCAGAAUGUAUCCUUCUCAAACCUUACUGUUAACACAACAUGGCAGCAGAAGUCAGCUUUUACCCGCACUGUGUCCCCUGGAUCUGUGUCCCCAAUUCACGGACAGGGGCAGGCUGUAGAAAACCUGAAAGCCCAGGCCCUUUGUUCCUGGACGGCAAAGAAAGAGAACCACCUGAACUUCUCAAAGCAUGACGUCAUUACUGUCCUGGAGCAGCAGGAAAACUGGUGGUUUGGGGAGGUGCACGGAGGAAGAGGAUGGUUCCCCAAGUCUUACGUCAAGAUCAUUCCUGGGAAUGAAGUAAAGCGAGGAGAGCCAGAAGCUUUGUAUGCAGCUGUAAAUAAGAAACCUACCUCCACAGCCUAUCCAGUUGGAGAAGAGUACGUUGCACUUUACUCAUACUCAAGUGUGGAGCCCGGGGACUUGACUUUCACUGAGGGUGAAGAGAUACUAGUGACCCAGAAAGAUGGAGAGUGGUGGACAGGAAGUAUUGGAGAGAGAGCUGGAAUCUUCCCGUCCAACUACGUCAAACCAAAAGAUCAAGAGAAUUUUGGGAAUGCUAGCAAAUCCGGAGCAUCAAACAAAAAACCCGAGAUCGCUCAAGUAACUUCAGCGUAUGCUGCUUCAGGGACUGAGCAGCUCAGCCUUGCGCCAGGACAGUUAAUAUUAAUCUUAAAGAAAAACACAAGUGGGUGGUGGCAAGGAGAGCUACAGGCCAGAGGGAAGAAACGACAGAAGGGAUGGUUUCCUGCCAGCCACGUAAAGCUACUGGGUCCAAGCAGUGAGAGAACCACGCCUGCUUUUCAUGCUGUAUGUCAAGUGAUCGCUAUGUACGACUAUAUAGCGAAUAACGAAGAUGAGCUCAAUUUCUCCAAAGGACAGCUGAUUAAUGUUAUGAACAAGGAUGACCCAGACUGGUGGCAAGGAGAAACCAAUGGGCUGACUGGUCUCUUUCCUUCAAACUAUGUUAAGAUGACAACAGACUCAGAUCCAAGUCAACAGUGACCCAAUGUUGUCUUCCAGUUGUGAAAGCACCCCAGAGACCCACUAUCCAAGUUUGACUCUAGCGUGGAGGCAGGGCAGGCAGCCCUGAUCAAAUAUCUCCUACACAAUUCGUUUACUUCGUUUGAAUGUUAGAGCCACUUGUGAUUAUUUCUAUGUGUUUCUAAUUUACAGUUAAAAUUUAUUUGUAACAAUUUCAAGGAUAGUGGGUCUUUGUGUGGCUUUCCCUGCUGUUCUCUCUGGCAUCCUUUAGCAUUUUUCUUCUUUUUUUUAAUUUGGCACUUGUAGGUCAUUAGCAUGCAUAUUCAGUUUGCCCUGACGUGGUGGGAGUACAAACACACAAAGACCCACUAUUGCACAAACUGUUCUCUCUGGUUUGGAAUGGUCUGCCAUGCUUUUCCAAUGCUCUUGCAAAUUGUAUAUUCAUUACAGAAUUAAGAUGACGUUUGCUUAUGUUCUGCUAUUACAUUUGAUCUAACCCUAAUCACAGGGCCCAUAAUUGGGCCCAUCUGUGAUUUGCCCUCAGAUAAGCACUGUCUGGUACUUUCUAAUGUGCCACUAUGAGUACCAGUAGUUAGGUUUGUAUGAAGGCCGAGAACUGGAGAUAGCCUUUUCUAUAAUUCCUCUGUAAACCGAGCAGGAGCACUAAUAUUGGGGGACCUUGCUGGGUCUCACAGAAGAGGAAAGCAGUGUGCUCUGCCCAGUGAAUGUAGAGUAGUGAAUGUUGAGUCUCUCAGCUGCCCACGAAUGGUCUUAGGCGCUCUAGACUGCAGAGCUAAGCUGCUCUGGGCUCCAACACACAGUGCUUCAUUGAUGACAUAAAGAUAGACUAUUUUCAAGAAUGGAAAGUUUCCACCACUGUCUGUAAGGUAAGAAACUGUCCCUAUCUUAGAGCACUUAUAUCAACAAUAUAUUCUAAAGUAGAAUUUAUGUUAUCUCUGUAGUCAGGUGACUACUUACCCUAGUAUACAAAAUAACACUUGUUGGCAUUCAUAAUGCAUUUAGUAAAAUCCAUAAGGAAACCUUGAAGAGUUUGUAGCAAACCUGAAGCCUUCAUGUAGGCUUUAGCCAAGGACCCCAUAGCAUAGGGAGAGCGCACGAGAGCUGGCAUUCCUCUGUGCCCAGGAGGCUUCUUAAGAGAUUAGAAUAUUGCUGUUGCUGUCUACGCAUUACUGGUUAACAGUCGUCAGGCUCCCACAUUGGCUACUUUGGCAUAGAAUUUUACUUCUUCCUUUGAGUGGAAAGCACCCUAAACAUAAUAGACAUUAUUAUAAAUUAAUAUGUGUAAUAGCACUUAGCUGAUAUGAGUUUUAAUACAGUAUUAAACCAUAUUUGAAAAUCAAUGAGCAGUUUAUGCAAUUUAAAAUGUUUACAAAUUGCUGUGCAAUCUACUGUUUGUGAACUGUCAGAUAGGUGUGUAUACAAUCAGAGUCUUACUCCUCACAGCGUUCUUUGAGAAAGCAAACUAUGCUUUUAUACCUCUCGCUUUAAUUUAAAGGCAUAUUUUGUGCAAUAUUUAUGUUAAUGUGCCUAUAUAUAAUGAAUGAAUGAUUACAAUCAUGCGUUGCCUAAAUCAUGACUUGAGAAAAAAAAAACCCAACAGUUUAGUUACAAUUUUACAAAACCCAAAUAUCUGUACUGGAAACAUUCACAUUCUUGAGGUUAUUAGGAGAUGUAUGUGUGCUCCCUGGGUGGGGAUUUCUGUAGAGUCCUUAGACCACCUCCAUUUUAGCAUUUGCCAUCAUGAAGUAUUUUAUAUAAAAUUCAUAGGAAAGCAAUAAUUUCAGUUUACAGAUGGAUAAGAGAAUUGCCUGCAGUCACUAAAAGAAAAUGCAAAGACUGAUUCCAAACUGACUUUUCCACAGUAUAUAGAUGACCUGAUUUUUCUUUUUGUCUCAUCAACAUUCUGCCUAUACAUCCUUAAAUUCCACGUGUGGACAGCCACUUUAUAUACUGAGGUCAGAAAUCCAGCUCCACUAAUUAACAGCAUUGUUUCAUAAAGUACCUUUUUUCUUUAUAAUUUUUAUUUGGGGCUUCUCAACUAUACUUAUAAAUUUAUCCAAAAAUAUUUUUAUAGGUCAAAUCCCUUUGCCAUCAUGAAAAGUAGAUUACUAGCCAAGUGUGGUGGUGCAUGCCUUUAGUCCCAGUACCCAGGAGGCAGACAGGCAGAUCUCUGUGAGUUCGAGGCCAGCCUGAUGUACCGUGUGAGUCCAGGAUAGCCAGGGCUUUGUUACACAGAGAAACUCUGUCACAAAACAACAAAAUAGAUUCUUGGAACUGGCAUUCAGGUUGAGCUCAGCAUCUACAAUCAGUCUGAAAAUACGUUCAACAGGUAGGUGCCUGUGGAGUAAGUCACACGCUGGCCCAACAAUCGAAGCAAAUGUCAGUACAGCAAGUAAACUCACUGUGUUAACCUACUACUACUGUGUAGUGUAGGCAUUUUGUCAUAUACCUGAUAGAAAGCUGCAAGAAAGGAAGUUAAGUGACAUACAUCGUUUACAUUGCUCUUAUAAGUGCAUGCAGUCUGUUGCAAUCCCUCAUCCAGCUGGGUGUUUGCUCUCUUCCUGAUUUAAAGUAAGGCAGCUUCUGUGGCUUAGGAGUUCAUUGGAGACAUAAUUUACACAUUAGAACACAGUGGAUCAACUUGAACUUGUAGAAGAUACCAGUUUAAGAGCACACUGUGUGACAGGCAUUUCUAAAGCAUGCACUUGAACUUGAUGGGUGUUCCAGCAGUGAGGAAAAGGCUAUAGCCAAAGCUGUCAUUUUAGAAAAAUUAAAACCUAAAAGUUAACCUUAUUGAUUAUAUUCUUUCUCGGAUUCUUUGAGAAAUUUUAAAAUAAUGCAAUACUUAAAGCAGUAAUUGUUUUAAAAUACAGUGUGAUACUAGAGUUCAAAAGAAAGUGACUAAGGCCGGGAGGAAGGCAGAGAAAGAAGUGCCAGGUCCAGUCCAAAGCUUUAUUUGCCAAGUUUUCUUAGUAUGAAAUUUACCAAGUUAUGAGUUCUUGUAAAUAAGUAACAGAAUCCUGAGAAACCUGUGCCUGAAUGGCAUUAUUAGAUGCUGCUGUGAUGCUACUGUAAUGUAAUAAACUAUUAAAUUGUUGCAAAGUGAUGUAUUUGCCUUAAAUUUUUAUUUUGUGUGUCUUGAAAACUAUAGUAUUAAAGGUAUUGAGAUUGUGCAAAUGCUGGGCACGCUUGGCAUGAAAUAAUCUGUUUUUAUUUUUACACAGUUGUAAUAUAACUAUGCAAGUGUGUUUAUUAAAAGAACACAAACUCCA